AUGGCGUACAGACGGCCCUAUGACAAGAGCCCUCCCUCUUCCGCCAGUCUCCUUCUCAGUGGCACGCCAGGCGCGGACUCGGACCGUUUCCGCCCCAUGGCCUCCGAGUACUCUUUGAACGACACUCGUUUUACUACCGGCAAAGGCGGCGACGCAAUCCCAGCAUCUUUGUCGGACAAGUACUCCCUCUCCCCCGACCCACGCUCAUGGGGUGCCGACCUCUCGGUGGACACUCCCGAACAAGAUGACUUCCUCCACAACCCCGACCCACGGCGGGACCGCAAAAGCGACAAGGGCGGCCACAUCUUCACCUCCAGGGGUCUCGCCAACUUGGGCUGUAUGCUGAUCUUGGGAGCGGGCAUGUUGACCCUUUUCGCCGGCUAUCCUCUCAUCAGUUACUUCACACGGACGCCGCAAUCCACUCUUGGUGGCUUUAACCUUGGCGGAACCAAUGCCACUGGACAAGUGCCGUCCAUGCCUGGCAACUGGGGUCUCGUCGACCUCGAGACACCCGAGGACGCUCGCACUUACCUUGAUGUCAUCACAAACAAGGAGUGGCAACUCGUUUUCAGCGACGAGUUCAACAUCGAUGGGCGCACCUUCUACCCUGGCGAGGAUCCGUAUUGGGAGGCUGUCGACCUGCAUUACUGGCAGACGAACAACAUGGAGUGGUAUGAUCCCGCGGCGAUCACGACGAAGAAUGGUGCCCUCGAGAUCACCCUGAGCCGCAAGGACACCCACGGUCUUCAGUAUCAGGGCGGGAUGAUGUCGACAUGGAAUAAGUUCUGCUUCACGGGUGGUCUGGUGUUGGCCUCCGUGAUCCUGCCUGGCGCGAAUAAUAUCCUUGGCCUGUGGCCCGCCAUCUGGACUAUGGGGAACCUUGGACGCGCCGGAUUCGGUGCAAGUCUGGAGGGCAUGUGGCCAUACACAUACGACUCCUGCGAUGUGGGCACCGUGGCCAACCAAACAAUGAACGGUCUCCCGCUUGCGGCAACAACCACGGGUGGUAGGGAUUAUGACUUCGAACUGUCUUACCUCCCAGGACAGAAGCUUUCUCGUUGCACUUGCGCUGGGGAAUCUCACCCUGGACCUGUGCACGCCGAUGGUACCUACGUCGGCCGCGCUGCCCCCGAAAUCGAUAUGUUCGAAGCACAGAUCUCUGGGGACCCCUUGUCGGGUCAAGUCUCUCAAUCGGCGCAGUGGGGCCCUUUCAACGCGAACUACGCCUGGUUCAACACGUCCGACAACUUGAUCAUUCCAGACCCCGACAUCACUGUCCUGAACCCCUACGUUGGUGCUGCGUUCCAGCAAGCCAGCUCAGGCGUUACUCAGACCAAUCAACAAGCCUACGAGCACACCGGUGGAGUGUUCUCUAUCUACGGCAUCCAGUACAAGCCUGGCUUUGAUAAUGCGUACAUCACCUGGAUAUCUGAUGGCAAGGUGGCUUGGACGUUGAAGCAGCCCGGGUUUGCCGCCGAUCCCUCGGUUGAGAUUGGACCUCGUCCUGUUCCUCAAGAGCCUAUGUACAUCAUCGCGAACUUGGGCAUGUCGGCCAACUUCGGCUUUGUCGACUUGAAGAAUUUAAUCUUCCCGACGACCAUGCGUGUUGACUGGAUCCGAGUGUACCAGGAUCCGGAUAACAUCAACAUUGGAUGCGAUCCUGCGGACUUCCCUACCGCGGCGUAUAUUGAGGAAUACCUCGAAGCUUACACGAACCCAAACCUGACGACGUGGCGGGACGACUUUAAACAGCCGUUCCCCAAGAGCAGCUUUUUGGGUGAAUGCUAA